GCUAAUGAACCUUUGCCAUUACUGCGGCUUCAUAGGGCACUUGGAUAGGGCCUGCUCAAUCAGACUCGAUGACAUUAAAUCUCACUCCCUCCAUGAAGGCCAAUAUGGAGCUUGGAUGCGAGCUACUGAUUUUAACAGAUGGGCAGGCCAACACUCUUCUGGCUCUCAAA